GCGGCUGCAAAUGGAAAGGAAUCGGUUGUGCGGCUUCUCCUGGAGCGUGGGGCAGAGGUGGAUGCGGAGGGUGGCUAUUAUAGUAAUGCGCUCCAAGCAGCUGCACAAAAUGGAAACGAAUCCAUUUUGCAGCUUCUCCUCUCAUACGGGGCAGUUCCCAAUGCGGAG